GCUCAGUGUGAUAUUUAAUAUUUAAACGUUGACCUUUUUUGUUAAUUACCGGCUUUAUUCUGUGCCCGCGUGCACGUCAGCUUCUGCAGCUCUUGGUGGGCACAGGUGGGUGACGCUGAGCAGGUCUGCGGCACCCUUUAACUCUCUGCACUGCACCGGUCCCCGAGCCCGAGGAACGCCAUAGCUCUAAACUAAUUAACACUAAUUAACAGGUGUCACGUGACCGUCUCCAGCGCCUUAGAUAGGGCUGGCUAUUUCUGCUGUUAAAAGACAAAGUAUGCAAACUAUAGCGAGAUGAAUUAUCGUUCUAUAAAGAUUUGCGCGACUCUUUUAGUUUUCACCGUCAUGGCUCGGCACUGCGUCUGCCUUUCCCCCGAUCACAGGAAGAAAACACUCGAGCAGAGGAAACAGCUCGCCAUGCCGCGAGUCACCUGCUCUGUCCGAGGCAUCAGAGCUGUGUUUGGUCCUCUGGUGAAAAACAAUGUGUACGCCAGAGACGUGACAGGGGCCACAGUCCCAGUGCUUCAGUCUGACAAGACCUGUGGAGUGCGAGUGGGUAGAGCGAAGAACCAGAGCCUCUCGUUUUUCAGCAGAUAUGACAGCUGCUUUGUUCAUGUUGAGGGCAGCAAAGCCGUCAUCCCGCUGCAGGUCCAGCUGGCAGGAGAGGAUCGAUGGAUCAGGGUCAAUAUCAGCUGUCCCCUGAUAAAGACAAGAAGUGAGAGGACCCAGCCUCGCCCAACACCAUUCCCCGGAAACUGUGACAUUGAAAGAGCUCUUCGAGUGGACUGUGGCCACCAAAGCGUUUCCAGUGAUGUCUGCUACAAACUGGGCUGCUGCUAUGAUGCUCGUGAUUCAGCGUGCUACUACACACUCAAUGCCUGCUCUCUGGACGGACACUUUGUGUUCUCAGUAAACGCUGCAGAUGCACACACUCCCACUGAUCCCAGCAGCCUCAUUGUAAAGGAUCAGCCGCACUGUCACCCUGUUGUCACAACCCCAGAUACUGCUGUCUUCAAGAUAGGAGUCUCAGACUGCGGUGCAAAGAGGAAGGCAAAUGGAGAUGUGGUGAUCUAUGAGGUGGAAGUGGUGGAGCUACAUACAGGAAAUGAUGGCAACAAUUCUCAAUUUAGUCUUCAGGUCCAGUGUGAAUAUGACUCAUCUGAUCUGAAGCAUGCAGCAGAACUGCGGUCCUUGUAUGCGGUGACUAAUCCACCACCUGUGAUUGCACUGGGGUCCAUCAGAGUGCAGAUGAGAAUAGCCACAGAUGCAUCCUUUACAUCCUUUAUUCCCGAGGAACAGCUUCCGCUGAUUUUGCCCCUUCGUGAAGCUGUGAAUGUGGAGAUUUCCAUCGUGCAGCCGUCUCCAGAUCCCACACUUUCCCUACGAGUGCGAGACUGCUUUGCUUAUCCUGGGUCAAGACACUCUGUGUGGACACUUCUCUAUGAUGGAUGUCCAAAUCCUCAGGAUAAUAUGAGAAGCUCUGUCCCUGUGGACAAACAGGGGAAGACCACAUCCCACUCACAAGUCAGGAGGUUUGAUGUCAAGACCUUUGCCUUCUUGGACCCCAGCACAGGCCAUCCAAGUCCAGAGGAAAUGUACUUCUAUUGUUGGGUGGAAAUCUGCACGAAUGACGUUGACUGUUCACAGCGUUGUACCUUCAUUUCAUCUGAGGGGGAGAGACCGAGAAGAGAGGCCACAUCUCAACCCCACCAGCUUCAACUGGUCUCUUUAGGGCCACUCCAGCUGGUCCAGAAUAACACUGAAGCCGAGGAAGACCCCUGCAUGAAACAGGAAAAAAUGUUUCAGGUGACCGUAUAUAUCCUGUCUGGUGUUGGUGCUGGCCUCCUUCUGGUCCUGCUGUUCUUUGUGUGUUCAAGCAUCAGGAGGUGUCAGAACAGAGGCAUGCAACGAGCACGUGACGAACAAGACGGCAGUGAAGCAUCUCAAUAAAUGUCAACUUGUCCAUA